AUGGAUCUCGCAGAUCUUAUCACCCCGCCGGGACCAGAUCCCUUCUAUCCUCUCAAGUCCAGCGCUUCCUACAGCCCUGUUCCCACCGACUCAUACUUCCCUCAAGUUCCAUCACUAUACUCGCGGAUGCCGCGACCUCCUCUUUCCCCGCCGGUGGAAGAUCUAUCCAAGUGUUCUCUCCCUUCUAUUAACUCGCUUCUACAAAGCGCGGAUGGUGCCUCAGUGCAUGCAGCAAAGCGCCAAAGAACUACACCGCCGUUCCAUGGGGAAUCAGAGAACCAAACCCAAAGUAAGGCCCAGGAGGCCAUCACACCAACCAGACCUCAAAACAACAUGCCGCCUACGCCACCAUUGCGUCCUGGCUCCGGCUUCCACAGCAACGGCCACUCUCCUUCAGCUUCCUCAGCCUCCGUCAUCACCAACUGCAAGGUUGAACCAUAUGCGCAACCCCAAAUGACGCUUCCUAGCCCUACGGAAAGGUCUUCCGUCUCCAGUCAGGGCUCGGUUCAUCAUGCAUCCAGUGGUCCUUACAUCUCCCCUGCCCCGAGUGUCUCCUCAUACUCUUCUCCUGUCGACCCCCCGGCAUCUUCCACUAUGUAUUUUUCAAGGCCUGGAUCGUCAGGUACCACCUACCAGAGUACGGGAAGCAUGUCCGCACAAGCGCCAUCAUCCACACCGCAAUUGAUAAGCCCAGGUAACCCCGCCUGGCAACAUCAUCAUUACUUUCCCCCUUCUAGCGCGGCGCCGUUCCAACAGAACCAUGAUCGCUACAUCUGUCGCACAUGCCACAAAGCCUUCUCCCGCCCCUCCAGUCUCCGCAUCCACUCGCACAGCCACACAGGAGAAAAGCCCUUCCGCUGCACACAUGCAGGAUGUGGCAAGGCUUUCAGUGUGAGGAGCAACAUGAAGCGUCAUGAACGGGGUUGUCACACUGGUCGGCCAGUUACCACAGCUAUGGUAUAG